AUGGACAGGAUCGAGCUAUACGAAUCCCAGAAGUUAUUUAUAGAAGAUGCGAGGAGGGUGAUUGAUGGCGGAUCUGUUGGAAUAUUCUCGAGUCCUACCGGAACGGGCAAAACGAUCUCUCUUCUCAGCGCAGUGGCAGAUUAUAUGGACAUAGAGGAGACAGAGAUGGAUUGUAGAAACAGAAUGCUGGAGAAGAUACUUUUCCAGGGGUCCAGGAAAGCAGUGUUCUAUUGCACAAGAACACAUACUCAGCUGGCACAAGCUAUUAAUGAACUCAAGAAGCUAGGUGUAAGAUGCAAUUCGGUUGUACUAGGAUCCAGAAAGAUCUACUGCCUGAAUGAAGAGAUUCGGAAGUAUAAGAGCUCCGAUGAAAUGAACGAAGCGUGCAAGGAGGCAGUCAAGGAGGGAAAGUGCAUGCUCCAUGACGGAUGCGAAGAGUUUGAUGGAUAUGGGGUGAUUGAUGUGGAGGAUCUACUUGCUACAGGGGGGAGAGAGAGGUUCUGUCCGUACUAUACUGCCAGAAGCUACUCGCAGCAAUGCGACAUUGUAUUUCUUCCCUAUCAGUUGUUAUUCACCAGAGAGGGAAGGAAAAGUGCAGAUAUUGAUGUGAAAGGAAGUAUUGUGGUUGUGGAUGAAGCACAUAACAUUUAUGAUUCUGUGAUACAGAUGAACACAGCAAGUAUAUCGUUUGGAACAGUAGAUAGAUAUGUCAAAGCGAUGGAACUCUACAAGAAAAGAUAUGGGGGGAGGAUGAAAAGGGAUGGGCAGUUUGAGAGGGUUAUGGAGGUACUCAAGAAGAUAGGGAGCUUCAGGUGUGUACACUGCAGAGACAUGGAGGGAGAUGAAGGAGUGAUGGGUGUUUCGGAGUUUCUGCUCGGGGCUGGUAUUGAGGACUUCAACAUGCUUGAGAUCGAGGACUACAUAGCCGUUAGCGGGAUUUCAAGGAAGCUGGAGGGGUUUGAGAAGGACCUGAAUAUGAAACUUCCUGAGAUAUCGAAGUUUCUGUCUCUUCUAACAAUGAGUGACAAAAGCGGGAGGAUCCUUUACAGUUCAAAGGGAAUCAAAUUUACACCUCUAGAUGCAUCCAUGUACUUUGAAGAUGUGCUCGAAUGCAGGUCGUUGCUACUGGCUGGAGGGACGAUGGAACCUAUUGACCAGCUUGUCUCUGCACUUAGAAAGAGAAGCCCCAAAUACUUUUCAUAUGGAAGUGUCUGCAAGGACUUCUUGCCGAUUGUGAUUCGGUCAGGGCCGUCUGGAAAAGAGAUUGUAGUGAACUAUGAAACAAGGGAGAGUCCAAUGUCUAUCAAGGACGUAGCUUCAUCCAUACUCAACCUAUCGAAUGCAGUCAGAAGUGGAGGGAUGGUAUGUUUCCUGCCCUCAAAAGCAUAUCUCAAAAUACUUAAGGAGGCAUGUGGAGAUACGAUAGGAUCGAAGAAAGCUCUCUACGAAGACUCGGUAACCUUUGAGGAAUACGUGCAGGAGGUUAGAAGAAGCCCUUGUAUUCUCUUUGCUGUGAUGGGGGGAAGCCUUAGCGAAGGAGUAAACUUCAACGAUAGUCUCUGCAGACUACUUGUGGUUGUUGGAGUUCCCUAUCCAAGCCAAGAUCUAGAACUUAAAGAAAGAGCCAAAUUCAACGGGAGUGGAUACACUACAGCCAUAGCAAUGAAAACGGUGAAUCAAGCUCUGGGGAGGGCGCUGAGACACAGAGACGACUAUGCCGUACUUGUGCUACUGGACAAGAGAUACGUCCAGCUCUCAAGACUCACUAGCCCAUGGAUAAGGGAAAAGAUAAUUCACUGCAACUUUGGAGAUGGACUUUUCAAGACUAAUAAGUUCCUGAAUAAAGAUAGAUGCCUCUAA